AUGUCUAAUCAACCUCCAAUUACUUCAAGCCAAACUGAAGUAGGAGAAGCUACUUCCAAAACAAAAAGAAAGAGUAUGAAGCCAAGAUCAACUGUUUGGGAUCACUUCACCAAGUUUGCCGAUAAUACUGGUAUGCAAAAAGGCAAUUCAAAUGAUGUUGCAAUUUUCUAUUUGAAAAAGAAAAUCAAUGCUUGGGGGUUUAGCAUUUUAAAUCGAAAAUAUCUUCAUAUGAGAUGCAUUGCCCACAUAAUCAACUUAGUUGUUGUUGAUGGAAUGAAGGAUGGUCUUACUCCAAUUAAAAAGGUUAGAGAUGCAGUUAGGUAUAUUAGGCAAUCUCCUGCGAGGUUGCAAAGGUUUAAGGCAUGUUGUGAGAUGGAAGGUAUUCAAAGCAAGAGUUCUUUAUGCUUAGAUGUGUCCACUAGGUGGAAUUCUACUUAUCUGAUGUUAAGUUCUGCACUGAAGUUUGAAAAUGCAUUUGACAGAUAUGCAACUGUAGAUCCAUACUUUAAAAUUGAUCUUCAAUCAUGUGAAGGUAAUGGUGUGCCAGAUAGUCUAGAAUGGGAAUAUAUUGGAAAAAUUGUUGAAUUUUUGGGACAUUUUUAUGAACUUACUUUGAGAAUUUCUGGAUCUAGAUAUGUUACUUCUAAUAUAUUUUUUGAUGAGAUUAGUUCUGUUGACUGUUUGUUGCAAGAGUGGAAAUCAAGUAAUGACUUGGAAUUGUCAUGUAUGAGAGAGAAGAUGAAGCUUAAAUUUGAUAAAUAUUGGGGGGAUCCAGAUAAGAUGAAUAAAAUUAUUUACAUUGCAGUGGUGGUUGACCCUCAAUAUAAGUUAGAAUUUAUGCAUUUUGCUCUUUCAACUGUGUAUGGAAAAGAAAAAGGUACAGAAUUGGCAAAGAAGAUUAAAUUAUUUGUGUAUGAAUUAUUUGAUGACUACAAGAGAAUAUUUCAAUCUGAAAAUGCAAAUGAACACAUUGGAAAUGUAAAUGAGAGCAUGAGCAUCGAAGAAGGAACAAAAAAGAAACCUAGAAUGAGAUUGGGACAUCAAUUCAUGCAACAUAAAAUAGAGAUUGGUGAAGCGAAGAGCAAGUCUGACUUAGAUUCUUAUCUGAAUGAGGACAUUUUAGUGUUGAAUGAGAAAGAAGAUUUUGACAUAUUAAAAUGGUGGAAAAUGAAUGCUAAUAGGUUUCCUAUCUUAUCACUCAUGGUGAAAGAUAUAUUAGCGGUUCCUAUAUCCACAGUUGCUUCAGAAUCAGCGUUUAGCACUGGAGGUAGAGUGCUUGAUUGUUUUAGGAGUUCUUUAACUCCUAAAAUAGUGGAAGCCUUAAUAUGCACACAAGAUUGGUUGCGAAAAUCCCAACAUCACAAACCGAUUAAAGAACAAAUUGCAGACCUUGAAAGACUUGAAGAAUCAUUUGCAAAUGUGGACAUAAGCAGUAGUACAAAUGAAAAUACGAUAAAUUUGGAUAGUUGA